ACCUGUACGCGGGAAAUGGUUGUUUCCCUUUGACCAGAAAUUUUAAACCAAUCAAAUCAUUUGUUAUAAUUUAUGUAAAAUGUCGAACGGGCGCGGUACAGCCAUUGACACAAGAGGAGAACUGAACGAAUUAGUACGCAGAAGAGCAGAAAUAGCGGAGACACUUGCAAAUUUAGAACGACAGAUUUAUGCAUUUGAAGGGAGUUACUUGGAGGAUACACAAUUGUAUGGAAAUAUCAUACGUGGAUGGGACAGAUAUCUCACAAAUACAAAGAACACAAACAGUAAAGCUGACAAAAGAAACAGAAAGUUUAAAGAUGCAGACAGAUUAUUUUCAAAGUCAUCAGUCACAUCAGCUGCGGCGGUGAGCGGGCUACCUCAAGCAGACCAAUUGUCAGAAAAAAAUGGACCCGAUAGUCCUGAUUCACAGAACAAUCAAAACAGUGCAAACACACCACAAACGAACGGACACAUGUCAAAUGGCAGUGACAGGGAAACAUCACUAAAUCACUCAUCUGGUAAAAUACUGAAACCUUCAUCCAGCAAAAGUAAAAAGGGAAAAAACUCUAAAAGGAAUAGGUAUACUUGACUUAAAAGUUAGAAGAGGAAAAGAUGGAAAUGACUGAAAAUGACUAGAUGAGGAAUUGUACAUGUAAAAUAACGCCCAUUAUUAUACGAUGUUUGCACACAGUUUUCAUCUCUCUCAUGGUCGGGGCUUUCUUUUACAUUCUGUAUUCUACGGAAGAUUUGUCAAGUCUGUUGUGGUGGAACUUUACAAACUGGAGAUCUGAUCUAUAUGUGAACAAUCUAUGCCAAAUAAUGGCCAAAGUAAUCUCUCCUUCUGUACAGUAAGAGAACAAUUUGUAGACAAAAAUAUCUAGUGUUAGUCAGUGUUGAA